GGGCUGAUCUGUGCAGAAUUUCAUUGGUCAGCUAUAGUCUUUUCUCAGACUCAGACUUUUCUUCCUGAAGAAGCUGAUGACCUUGGCUUGUUAGAUUCAUUAAAGCUGUUGACAUCUUAAGAGGGUUGGAUAUCAUUGAGUAAGUCUCUCCAUGUUCACAAUGGGGUGGAACCAUGAUCUCAGAUACUAUCCUGUCUCCCUUAGUCUAUUUUUUUAAAGUACGACACAAGAGGACUAGCAGGAAAGAUUCACAACACAAUUUUUGGCUUCUCUUCCAGUAAACCAAAAGUUCAUAUUUCCACCAAAGACUAUAAGUGGGAAGAAUGCUAGAGCAGAACUACACAGUUGUGCAUUCUCUGCUGGUAUCCUGGUUGCAGCACUACUUUAAUGAGACAUGGGCAAUGGGAGCAGCUCCAUACGUGCCUCCACAUCAUCCACCUUUGCAUCUGAGUGGAACUCCGGUAAAUGAUCAAGGUCACGGCAUGAUCUACAUCUGUCUGAUGGUGGGACUCUUCAGUUUCUUUACCUUUGGCAUCAUGUUCAGCUAUAUCCGCUCAAAGAAGGUGGAGAACUCACAGGAUCCGUAUCAUCAGUAUAUAGCUAAAGACUGGGAUAGUAUAGCAUCUCCUGUGGUCAUCAGCAACCCGUCUGCUCUGGGACACCUUCCAGGGUACAGUGGAAGACACCAGGAGUGGGCCUAGAUUACUGUUGUUGACUUCUUUAA